AUGCGUCGCAGUCGGGCGGAAGCGCUACCUGCCGGCUCCUCAACCGAUUCACGGUCGCAGCACCCCCAGUUCCACCUGCCGGCUGUUCUUCUCCCCCCCGAAGCCGCCAGGUCGCCCACUGUGCACAAGAUUCACAUCCUCGGCGAGGACGAAAGAUCCAGGUUCAUUGCGCAUGCCCUCUCGGGCGUCUACGACUCGAUCGAGCUGCUCGGCUGGAGGACCAACAUGCCGUCGAAAUAUCGCAAUAUUCGGAAGUCGAGACACAGCGCCAGACACGCGCCGAGCAUCGUGGAAACCAACGCAGGCCUUCCGCCCCAGCCACGAGUCGACACCAAAGACGAUCGUAUCGACCAGCUGCUGGUCACCGGCCGGGCACACGAGGUCGUUCGGUCCAUCAAGUCCGUCCAGGAUCGAGUGGACGAGAACACGACCAUCUGCUUAAUGCACGAAGGCCUGGGGGUCUUGGAAGACGUGAGGAGAAAGUUUUUCGAAGGCUCCAACCCGAGCCCUAGGUUUAUACUCGGCCACAUGAGCCACCGGCUCGCCUUUCACAGGAACUCAAACUCGGUCCGGCGUCUCAAAAGCGGCGACACGAGAUUGACUCUGGGCCUAAGUAACGACCAGGAGGCGGACACGUCCCUUCCCAUGGUGAGGUCACUGCGAGAGUCCAGAGACCUCCGCUCAACCAUGACACCCUACGAUCAGUGGCUGCGGUUCAAGCUACCCUCGGUCAUCUUCGACACCGUCGUCGAGCCCGUCUGCGUCCUGCUCGAGAUGUCGUACCAGGGCUUGCUGCAGAACAUGCCCGCUCAGCGAAUCAUGCACAGCUUGUUGACGGAGAUUAUUCGUGUCGUCGAUCAGAUGCCCGAGGUGGAGGGAUCAGCCGUCAUCCGAAAUUUCAUGCACGGCAAGAGCAUCCACAAAAUCUUGCACGAAAAUAUUCUGGCCAAGCGCUUCAGCCCGAGCCAGCUAGUCCUCCGCGUUGACAAGGGCCUGCCGACAGACAUUGACUACCUCAACGGAUACUUUAUUCGACGAGGUCAGGAGCUGGGUCUUGACCUCCGCGUCAACGCCAUGGUGAGGGACAUGAUCAAGGCGAAGCACUCCCAGGCCAUCGAGAGACUGAACUCGUAUGUGCCCGUGGAGGAGAUGUCGGUACCAAGUCACUUGACGCACCGGUAUCGCACAAGACCUCAUGACAAUCAGUGA